AUGCGCCGAAACUCCAUCGUCGCAGUGCUUCUCGCCGCGGCGGCAGCUCCGUUCACGGUUGCCUUCGAAGAGCUCCUGCAGCGUCGCGAUCUUCGACAACCUCUCCCGCUCUCCGUGGACGGCCGAUGGAUUCUCGACGCGAAGAAUGAGAGCAUCGCUCUCGUGGGCGUCAACUGGCCCGGCCACUUAGAGACCAUGCUUCCCGAGGGUCUGCAGUACCAGUCGGUUUCCAACAUCGUCACCAAGAUCGCCGAGAUCGGUUUCAACUCCGUCCGUCUCACCUUUGCGUCCGAGAUGGUCGAUGAUAUCGUGGAGAGGGGAGGAGAUGUCAGCUUGAAGGUCACCUUGGAAAAGGCGCUUGGAUCGGAGAACGGCACGAAGGUGAUGAAGCAGAUCAUGAAGAACAACCCGAGCUUCAACGAGAGCACGAAACGUUUGGAUAUAUGGAAUGCGGUUGCCGGAGAGCUCGCCAAGCAGGACCUGUUUCUCCAUCUUGAUAAUCACGUCUCCAAGGCUGUAUGGUGCUGCGACCCCUUUGACGGCAACAGUUGGUUUGGCGACACCCAUUUCAACACCUCCAACUGGGUUCGAAGUCUAUCUUUCAUGGCUGAGCACGGCAAAGCCAACUGGAAGUCAUUCUCCAGCAUGGGUCUCCGCAACGAACUGCGGCCCCCACUGGACAACCCCCAGCCUCCUGCCGAGCUCGACCUCUGGGAAACAUGGAAGACUCGCAUGCUUCAAGGAGCCAAUGCUAUCCACAACGCCAACCCUGAAAUUCUCAUUUUCUUUGGCGGUAGACUCGGUGACAAAGACAUUGGUGACCCCGUCAGGGGCUCCUCUUUGGCCGAACCCAAUUUCAACUUCUCCAUCGCGGAGCAGCCCUUCAAGAACAAAUUUGUCUUCGAGCUACACCAGUACGACAGCGACUUGCUCAGACUAUACAUCGUUGGCGACCAGGGCUCUUUCAACGAGACCUUUGACGUCCUCGGAGGCAACACCACGACCGCCUCUUUGCCUGGUUCGAACAAGGCGCCCUUGGUCAUCAGCGAAUGGGGUCACGACCAGACUGAUAAGAGUGGCGUCUACAAGCAAGAAUUCCACAAGUUCCUUUUCGACUACAUGAUCGGCAGGAGUCUUCACUGGAUGGUGUGGACGAUUGGAGGGAGCUACUACGUCCGCGAGGGUAAAGCUGAUUAUGACGAAACCUGGGGCCUUUUGGAUCAUAAGUGGGACUCGUUCCAAGGAAAGGAUUCUAUCAAGGCACUCCAAGCCGAGAUGCGGGCGACUUACAAAUCCCUCAACCAGAGCAUGCCGCCGGCUACGAAAGACGUGGGCAAAGGCUCAGGUGGGGUUCACAGCCCUCAGCUCAGGGGUGCUGCCGCUGGGGUAUCAAGCAGCCUGUUUGUGGCGUUCGCCUUCGCACUUGUUGUGGCAUUUACGACCGUCCUAUGA